AUGGCAUUCGCAUGGUUCGUUCAAAAAGAAACAUCUGUGCAAUACAUCUACAAGGAUUGUAACACUCUACACGUAAAAAGUCUGUUACAGUGUGCAAGUCUCUCUAAGGGAAGUAAAAGUGUGACUUUCUUUUAUGUUCCUUCAUCAAUGUUUUGUCACUGGGAUUGUACCAUAAUCUACUGUCAACUCUGCUCAGAAAAACUUACUAACGAAUGGAAACACUAUGGGGUUGUACGAUCUGUCGAUGGGGAGAUUCUAAACCGACAAAGUGCUCAUCAGUGUACACUUACAAACUUUGAAUCAAGACCCUGGAUUCAGAUUCAUUUAGGAGGACACUAUCUCAUCUCUUUUGUAAGGUUGUACAACAGGCAGGAUGGAGAUGGAUAUCGCCUUCACGAUGUAACAUUGUGGGUGUUCCAGGAUGACCAUAAUUUCACAACUUGUGGAUUCUUUAAAGGGCCAGGGCUAACGAAGCAAGUGGUGGACAUAUUAUGUGAAGAUACUGUGCCUAGUAACAUUGUUAGACUACAGAUUACAGAGGGAUCACAUAAUAUUCUGUGCUUGUGUGAGGUGGAAGUAUAUAUUUUGUAA